CCCGGACGCGAGGGCGGCCCGGCACAGGGCCCGCCUCCCCGUGGACUGCAGGCGUCGGGUCGCCCACCCCGAGCGGCAGGGAGGCGUCACGCGGCCGGCGGGAACACCGAGUGCCCGAAGCGAUGCCACCAAAAAGAAAUGACAAAUACAAGCUUCCUGACCCACUCCCAGAAGGCAAGGUUCUGGAUGAUACAGAAGGGAGACGAUGGGUGCUGGGCAAGAUGAUUGGCUCUGGAGGAUUUGGACUGAUAUAUUUAGCGUUCCCCACAGAUAAACCAGAUGAAGAUGCAAGGCAUGUCAUAAAAGUGGAAUAUCAAGAAAAUGGCCCAUUAUUUUCAGAGCUUAAAUUUUAUCAAAGAGCUGCAAAAAAAGACUGUAUCAAAAGGUGGAUAGCACUCAAGCAACUUGAUUAUUUAGGAAUUCCUCUAUUUUAUGGAUCUGGUCUGACUACAUUCAAGGGAAGAAGUUACAGAUUCAUGGUGAUGGAAAGACUAGGAGUGGAUUUACAGACGCUCGCAGACCGCAGCGGCACUUUUGAAAAGUCGACCGUCCUGCAGCUCGCUAUCCGAAUGUUGGAUGUACUGGAAUAUAUACAUGAAAAUGAAUAUAUUCACGGUGAUAUAAAAGCAGCAAAUCUCCUUUUGGGCUAUAAAAAUCCAGAUCGGGUUUAUCUUGCAGAUUAUGGACUUUCUUACAGAUAUUGUCCCAAUGGGAACCACAAACAGUAUCAGGAAAAUCCCAGAAAAGGCCAUAAUGGGACAAUGGAGUUUACCAGCUUGGAUGCGCACAAGGGAGUAGCCCUGUCCAGACGAAGUGACCUUGAAAUCCUCGGCUACUGCACGCUGAGAUGGUUAUGUGGGAAACUGCCCUGGGAACAGGACCUGAAGGACCCUGCGGCUGUCCAGGCGGCUAAGACAAAUCUGCUGGAUGAGCUCCCCGAGUCAGUGCUCAGAUGGGCUCCUUCUGGAAGCAGCUGCCGUGAAAUAGCCCAAUUUUUGGAAUGCGCUCAUAGUUUAGCAUAUGAUGAAAAGCCAAACUAUCAGAUGCUCAAGAAAAUUCUGAACCCAGGUGGAAUACCUUUAGGACCACUGGAAUUUGCCACUCACAGACCCGGUGUAAAUGUGCGUCCUCCAGACAAUCAAAAAGCUGAUUCACAGAAAGUUGUAACAAAUCAGAUGCAAAAUAGGUUGAUGGAGAAGAAAGCUCCCAGUGAGAAAAGUGCUGAGUCCCGUGCAAGAAGGAAACAGGAGCAAGAUGAGGAGAAGCUGGGUGGGUUGAUGAACAACCGAACUACUCAGGAAACUACACGGAGAAGACAAAAAUAUGAGCCUCAAGAAUACCUGAAUGAAGUAAAAAGUUCCCUGCAAAAAUCUAGCUGUAUACAACCCCCAAAUCCAUUUUAUGAGUACCAUCAAGAUUUUACCAGUCCAGACAUACACAACAAAUCAAGGUCUCCAGAUUGGUAUACAGACGAUGUUGGCACAGGGGUCACAGAGUUAGAAAGUUCUCUAGGACUUUGGCCUGCAAUGUCCCAGUUUACCCUUAGUGAAGAGACAAAGACAGGUGUGUAUUUUUACAGCUUACUCAUACUUUUCCUUUUGAUGUUAAUAUUUCUUGCUUUAUAUUUUCUCUGAAGAUCUCAAAUAAAAAUCCUUUUGGUAAUUUUCAAA